AUGUCUGCCCCCAAGAUCAUCCUAUACACCAACCACCUGUGCCCGUGGGCUCACCGCGCCCACAUUGCACUCAAGGAGAGUGGCCUCGACUAUGAAGAGGUCAUUAUUGACCUGGAUACACCCCGCGAGCCCUGGUACCUUAAGGUCAACCCGCGUGGCCAAGUCCCAACUCUCUCCUACAACGGCCAUAUCAUCGCCGAGUCCGGUAUCAUCGCCCAAUUCAUUGCUGACGCUCACCCCUCCAACCUCUUGCCCCCAUCGGCUCCGGCCGAGAACGCCCUGUUCCGCGCUCGCCUCUCCUUCUUCGUCGAUGCCUUCUUCAGCAAGGUUGUUCCCCACUUCUUUGCUAGCGUCCGCUCUGCCUCAGAGGAAGAGCGCGAGGCCAACGGACAGGCGCUGGUCGCUGCCAUCGUGAAGGAGAUUGAGCCUCUUCUUUCGGAGACUGAGGACAACAAGCCAUUCUUUGGAGGAAACGAGAAGAUCACUUUGGCUGAGGUCCAAUCUGGAUCCUUCCUGCUCCGUAUCUUGGGUUUCACUAAGCCCGAGCAUGGAUUGGUCAGCAAGAAUGUCCCUGCCCUGCUUGAGGCACAGGCACCACGAUUCAAGCGUCUGGCUGAGGCUGCAGUGGAACAGGAAAGUGUCAACUUUAUCUUCAAUUUGAAGUCUGUUGCAGACCGGAUGCGGGCUCGUUAUGCGCCUAAGAUCUAA